UGAAUAUUAAUUAUUCUAUUCUAGUCUAGUACAACAAAUAUUUAAUUUAUUCGUAGUAGUUAAAACCACCUCAGAAGAUGAUUAUUGUUCCUAACAACCUUUGCCAUCAUUGACAAGAAACUCGUCAGCCGCAUCACUCGAUCACUAGCAGUAGCGGCUUACUAUACUAGUGAAGCAGAGCAGAGCAGCAGGGGAAGCAGAGCAGCAGCGAUGCCGACGCUGCGGCGGCGCAACCCGGACGUGCACGUGAAGGCGCUGGAGGGCAUCGUCUCCGCCAACACCUUCUUCACGGUGGCCGUCUUCAUCGGCAUCACGGGCACCAUCACGCCCUCCGCCGCCAUCCCGCCCGCCUGCGUCGCGGGCGACGACAUCGCGCGCAACUUCUUCCUCUUCGAGAUCCUCUCCUUCGGCUUCUACCUCCUCUCCAGCCUAGUCGCGCAGGGGAUGAAGCUCGCCGUCACGCUCCUAGCCGCCGACGACUUCUACGGCGACGGCGACCAGAAGCCCCCGCCGUCCGACGACUGCGAGGAGAUGCCGGCGUGGCGCGCCGCGGGGCCGAGGGAGCGGAGGCGCGCCGUGCUCAGGUUCGCGCAGCCGAUGAUGCUGCUGGCGGCCGGGUGCUCCAUCAUGGGAACCUUCUUCCUGCUGCUGUCCAUGGUCGACGCCAUCCAGCUCAAAUUCGGCAUCGUCUCCUGCGGCACCCCGCUCGCCGUCGGCGCCACCUUCGGGCUCUCCGCGCUCGUCGUCGGUGGGCUCAUCUUCUACGGAUCCACCGUCGCCUACGCCCUCACGCACUACCUCCCCUGAAUACCGGCGCCUGCGCUCUGCUCUCUCCCUCUGGGCUAGUUUCUUUUACCUUUUCUUUUAUUUUUUUUCUUUUUCUUUUUACAUUACACAAGGAGUGAGUGAUUAUUAACAGUGGAUUCUGGAACUUUAUGCACAAUUGAGAAAGGAUUCCCAAACUAGGGAAAUACAUAUUUUUUGCAUUACAA